CACUUUUGGUUGAAUGAAGUUGUCAUUUUGAUUGCUAUCAAGCUGCGACAAGAACGAAGAUGAAAACAAUUCUGCUGUUUUUACUAGGAAAUUUGUUAGUUUUUCAAGCGUUAGCAAGUGACAUAACACCAUUCAGUGCUUGGCAUGAUGCAGAAGCAAUUCAAGAUCAGUACCAUAACUACACCAACGAAUUUUUAUUUCGUGCUCUUGGAAAUUUCUACGCCAACAUGAGUCGUUGGACGGAUCUAACAGCCGAGUCAACCAUUGCUGGCACAACUGAAGAAAUUGGAUCAAAGUUUAAGCUGAUGGUUGAAGAAUACCAAUCCCUCAAAAAUCGUAAAGAGAUAUCAACAGCUGGUACACAAAAAUGUGCUGAUAUUUACGAAAAUCAAAUUAUAAAUCUGGAAGCCGCAAUUUUAGACGAUUUGUUUGAAUGUGUUAAAAAUAGAAGCGACGAAGCUAUCGAUUUUAUAAAGACGGCAUCUCUAAAAUUAGUUGAAAACUAUUUUACUCUUCUAUUUAACUAUGAAACACAGCUGAUUGCUUGCGACCCCUCAGAUGACGAAUGCUUAAACACUUUCUUUUCAGGAGUAAGGGGGGUUAUUGAAAAUCUCGGAACGUCUAUAAAUUCUGAUGCUCUUUUGGACUCGAAAAACUUUGAGUAUUCUUAUUUGGUGGCGAUUGCUGCCUGUGGUCAACAAGAACUUAAAAGUAUUGAAGAAAAUGGAAAACAGUUAAUUGAUCAUUAUCAAAAAUGCACCAGCGACAUACUUAAAUUUUAACAGAUUGUACAAUGUGCAAGCAAAUUUACUGGUGUGUUUAGGCUUGCACUUUUCCUAAAUUUAGGUGGAAUUUUGCUUGUGUUGUGUUGUGGGGUGCUACAAACGUAAUAAAAUUUAUAAAUUAA